AUGCUGCAGUUGCCUCUCAGGCCUCUUGUGCCUCUUUCAGCACUUGCUCUGCUCGGCUGGUGUUGGUACACCUUUAGGAAGAAGAGGAACCUACGUGAGCGUGUUAGAGAAGAAUUGGUGGUCUCCUCUGCUGCUAGAAAACAAAGCAUAACAGAGAGCUUUUCAAUACAGGAAGCUGGUGCCAGUGGAAGUACACCGGCAGCACAGGAUAUGGAAACGUAUUUUCAGUCACAGGAUAAACAAGAGGAUGACCAAAAUCUUGACCAUAACUGCUCUCAGCCUAGCAGUACCAUGGAUGAAUCGUCUGUCCUGUCUGGGGCCUCACAAGCCACUAUUCUCACCUCCACGCCAAUAGUACAACUUCAAAAAGGAAUUCGCCUGGAACCAGAAGGGGAGGUAUCCGAAGCUCAGGCAUCUCUGCUUCUGGCCGAGAAGCCCGAAACGGAGACGAACAAAGAGGAUGACAACGUUAAAGGUCGCUCGAACAUUAAAGCGAUCAACACGGAGUCUUUUGCUCAGCAGCCCACUAGGAUUGUAUGCUCCAAAGAACAUGGAGUUGCUAACGUGUCUGAGAAGCAAAAUGAAAGAGGCCCAAGCCUGAGUGAGGUCGAUGGCCUGGUCGUCGAGGUUAUCAGUGGUGUUACAGAAGAGAUCACAGCAAUUGGUGGCAUUUUAAAAAGAAAAGGUCAUAUGGAACCAAGGGUAACUCCACAAAACUUUGAGGUGGAUAACAUGUUAGCAGUCACCAAGAAAGAUCUUGGAGCUCUUACUAAGGCUGUGGAGGAAACUGUCUCUCCAGCACAUAAGCUGAAUGACCCCCCUACAGCGUUCCCAGCAUGGGAGGAUUCAGGUUGUAGCACGUGGCAUUCACAGGAUGGGGUAGAAGUAGAGAUAGCUUCAGGCAACUCUCAGUCUGCAGAGAAAACAUCCUCCACAGUUUCAUUAUCUUCCGAAUCUCACCAAGCCAUAGCCCCCAAAAAUGGAAAACUCUCAAGACAAAAAGCAGAUGCCUCUAAAGAUUCUAAUGGAGUGCAGUGUGUGAACAUGGACAGCAGGGUCACCACUAGUCCAGCCACACAGUCCAGGAAUUCGCCUCAUACUCUGUGGAACAUAGAGGUGCCAGCAUACCACAUUUCUAAUUUUAGGCCGUUCCACUCAGGGUCUGAGGUGCAGGUGGAAAAAGCACUGGCGUUAAUUAGGAAAAAGUUUAAAGAUUUGGAUUUGAGUAACCGCCUGAGCAGCUCACAGCCUGCUGCAGUCCAUUCUCUACCCAUGACUUCCUGGCUGCCACUCCCUCAAGAUGGAACUGUGGAGGUCACUGUACCGCGGGUGGAGGCAGCAAAUUACCUGUUUGUUCAGCAGCACACACACCCCACCUAUUAUGGCCUAUGCAAUCUCACUGAACAGAUGCUGUUCUGCUACUGCCAUUCAGGAUGCCCCAGCCUGCCCACUCCUGUGGAAGCAGGAGUUUUGUGUGCUGCCCCAUCUCCGGAUGGUGCCUGGUGGAGAGCUCAAGUUAUUCAGCAUUACAAAGACUCCAAUCUCGUACAAAUCCGAUACGUGGACUACGGAGGCUACGUGACUGUUAACCUCUUUUCUCUGAAGCAGAUCAGAUCAGAUUUUGUGACAUUGCCUUUCCAAGCAUCUGAAGUUAUGUUAGAAAACAUCGCACCUUUGCCAGGAAAGGAGACGUUUUCAUUUGAAGCUAAAGAGACUCUUGAGGAAUUAACACAAGGGAUCCCUUUAAUCAUGAAGGUGACUGGCAGUCAGACUGGACUGCCCUUAGUGCACAUGUGGCGACAUAUGGGAGAAGAGAUGAUUUCAGUGAAUGGAUGGCUGGUGGAUCGUGGCCUUUGCUCGUGGUUGGACAGCCACUGAUGGUGAAGCUUUUACAUGUCCACGCUUUCUUUCUCUAGCCCUGCUAUGCGUGCACCAAGGCCUGUGUGAGCAAACAUGCAUUGGAUGUUUUUGUGGCAUAUGGAAACUUUGACUUCCUCAAGAAAAAUUAAAUAAAAAUAUGGAGAAAAAAAAAUCAGCAUAAAGUCAGGAAGAGCUUACGUGUAGGAUGUAGUACACAUUAGUAUAUUUCUGUAUAUGUAAACUAAGCUUUAAGAUUUAGUUUUUCUUUGUAUA